AGAUAUGCAAGAUGUCUUCAACUGUUUUUACUCAAAGCAGCUGAGAAGAACUGGAAUUCAAGAUGAGAACCAACAAGGUGUACAAGCUCGUCAUACAUAAGAAGGGUUUUGGAGGCAGUGAUGAUGAACUGGUGGUGAAUCCUAAAGUAUUUCUUCAAAUCAAGCUGGGAGAUGUUGUGGAAAUUGCACAUCCCAAUGAUGAAUACAGUCCCCUGCUUCUACAAGUGAAGUCACUUAAGGAAGAUUUGCAGAAAGAAACUAUAAGUGUGGAUCAGACAGUUGCACAAGUGUUCCGACUGCGGCCAUACCAGGAUGUCCAUGUGAAUGUUGUUGACCCAAAGGAGGUGACAUUGGACUUGGUGGAGCUGACCUUUAAAGAUCAGUAUAUUGGGCGUGGGGAUAUGUGGCGACUGAAGAAAAGUUUGGUCAGCACAUGUGCGUAUGUCACCCAAAAAGUUGAAUUUGCGGGUAUCAGGGCACAGGCAGGUGAACUGUGGGUAAAGAGUGAGAAAGUCACUUGCGGAUACAUCAGUGAGGACACCCGGGUGGUCUUCCGUUCGACUUCUGCCAUGGUUUAUAUUUUUAUCCAGAUGAGCUGUGAAAUGUGGGAUUUUGAUAUUUAUGGGGACCUAUACUUUGAGAAAGCUGUGAACGGUUUUCUUGCUGACCUCUUCACAAAAUGGAAGGAGAAGAAUUGCAGCCAUGAAGUGACAGUGGUUCUAUUUUCUAGAACAUUUUAUGAAGCAAAAUCUAUGGAUGAGUUUCCUGAAACGCAUCGUGCAUCAAUUCAGCAAAGAUUCUAUGAAGAUUUUUACAAAGUUGUAGUUCAGAAUGAGAGACGAGAAGAGUGGACCUCAUUGCUUGUGACCAUUAAAAAGCUUUUCAUCCAGUAUCCUGUGUUGGUACGACUAGAGCAAGCAGAGGGCUUUCCUCCAGGUUCCAAUUCUACCUCAGCACAGGGGAACUACCUAGAGGCCAUAAAUCUUUCAUUCAAUGUGUUUGACAAGCAUUACAUAAACCGGAACUUUGAUCGGACUGGCCAGAUGUCUGUGGUUAUCACACCUGGUGUGGGUGUAUUUGAAGUUGAUCGACUCCUUAUGAUUCUAACCAAACAGCGGAUGAUAGACAAUGGGAUAGGUGUGGACUUGGUAUGCAUGGGAGAACAACCAUUGCAUGCUGUACCACUCUUUAAGCUCCAUAAUCGCUGUGGACCUGGUGACUCCAGGCUGGGUGAUGACUACAAUAUUCCACACUGGAUAAACCAUAG